AUGGCGCACACCUUUGAUCUCAGUACUCUGAAGGUAGAAGCAGAUGGGUCUCUGAGUUCAGGCUACCCUUUUCCCACUGCUCCUCCCGUGGACCCAUUUGCCAAAAUCAAAGUGGAAGACUGCGGAAGAACUAAAGGAUGCUUUAGAUACGGCAAGCCAGGCUGUAAUGCAGAGACCUGUGACUACUUCCUUAGCUACCGGAUGAUAGGGGCUGAUGUGGAGUUCGAGCUGAGUGCAGACACGGAUGGUUGGGUAGCCGUUGGAUUCUCUUCAGACAAAAAGAUGGGUGGUGAUGAUGUCAUGGCCUGUGUCCAUGAUGACAAUGGCAGAGUCCGAAUUCAGCACUUCUACAAUGUGGGACAGUGGGCAAAGGAGGUUCAGAGAAAUCCUGCCAGAGACGAAGAAGGAGUUUUUGAGAACAAUCGUGUCACCUGCAGGUUUAAGCGGCCUGUCAAUGUUCCCAGGGAUGAAACAAUUGUGGACCUGCACUUGAGUUGGUAUUACCUGUUUGCUUGGGGUCCAGCCAUUCAGGGCUCUAUCACCCGACACGACAUAGACUCCCCACCCACUUCAGAGCGUGUAGUCAGUAUUUACAAGUACGAAGACAUCUUCAUGCCAUCGGCUGCCUACCAGACCUUCUCCUCUCCAUUUUGUUUGCUCCUCAUUGUCGCCCUGACCUUCUACUUGCUGAUGGGAACCCCUUAG